AUGUACCGCAUCACCGACGCCAUCUGCACUGACCAUCGCAAUCUCGAGGCCUACUAUGAUCGCAUUGCCGAUGCUCAGGACUCCGAUGAACAGACUCGGUAUCAAAAUCAAUUUACUUGGGAACUGGCUCGACAUGUUGUGGGUGAGGAGCUAGUGCUGGAUCCGGCGCUAGAAGCACAGCUGCCCGAUGGCGAUACAGGCGAAGAUCGCCAACAGCAGCACACGAUCAAAGAAAAGCUCGCGGUAUUUCAAAACCUGAGCUGCUCCGAUCCUCGCUUCAUUCCCACUUUGACGAUUCUCAUGGAAGAUCUCUCAGCCCACAUCCACAUCAAGGAGACGCGGGACCUCGUCAAACUCGAAGGUGCGAUUACCGCCGAGGAAAGUCAGCGCCUUGCCCGGUCCUUUGACCGCACCAAGUUCUUCGCCCCGACACGCGCUCAUCCCGGCUUGCCCGAUCGCCCCUACGUGACCGCGGCUGCUCUGAUAGCUGCCCCGCUGGAUCGUCUACAGGACCUAUUUCAACGGUGGCCGGAGGACGGAUUGACUCCAAUUCCGGACCUGGAAUAG